AUGAUUCAUGGGAGCAGUUUCAGAAUGAAUGCAAAAUUUUUUUAUGGUACAUCGCGGAAAAAGGCUGAACUAGCCCUCCCACUAGAUGAUAGUGAAGAUGACAAAGAAUUCAGUGACGAGGAAAAUGAGCUGCUGGAAACACAGAGUGAGAGUGAUGAUGACAGUGAGACGGAUGAAGAUUAUGAGCCAGAGAAUGAGGACAGUGGGGACAGUGAGGACAGAGACAGUGAGGGCAAUGGAGACAGUGAGGAGAGGGAGGACAGUGAGGAUGAAAGUGAAGUGACAGGCCGCAGGUGUGCUGAUGAGGGGAAGACUCAGGAGGAGGUCAGACCGCACCUGGCUCUCCACUGCUUGCAGCUCCUGCUGCUCCUGUUUCACAUCAUGUUGGUGUGCGCGUGGCUUCUUUGGACUUUGUUUGGUGGGAUAUUGGGAGGCCCGCUUCAGCGCGCUACAUGGUCGGAAGAAACAAAUCCGGUAAUAAGGCAUCAGGGUGAAGAAUCGCGCCCCGCAUUCUACCACCUGCCUAUGUACCAGCACGCUCCACGGCCACUUGUUGCACGAGAGCUGUUUCGGCCGGUUCCUUACAAAAGGCCGCUUCCCGCCGGAUUGACAGAGCUCCUGUUACCGCCCGCGAGCCAGCACUACAAUGUCCAAGGGACGGGUUCACGCGCUGUGGAAGUCUGGUGCGGUAUCGAUAAAAUCGCUGUUCGCGUGGACCGCUUCCAGCUGCGCGGUUGGACCGUUCCAUCAUUGUUUCGACUGGGCUCGUGCGAAGCCAGCAAGAUCAGCACGCGGUUCCUGUACUUUCACUAUGGACUGACAGAGUGCGGCGGAGAGGCUCAGGUUGUUGGUGGUCAGCUGGUGUAUACCUAUUCGCUGUGUUACACUCCACCUCAGCAGGGUUACGUCAUCAGAGUUCUACCACUCAACCUUCUCAUUCAUUGCCACUACAACAGGUUUCAUUACUCUUACCAAGUGGGUUUCAGACCUCAAGUUCAGCACACAACCUUUAUGAAGAGCAUCAGGAGUAAACUCAGCUACAGCCUCACUGUCUGCAAUGCCCGGGGGGAACCCGUCCCUCCAGACCAUUGCUUCUACUUGGGGGAGUCAGUGUAUUUUGUGGCCCAGGCAGGAGCUCUGUUGGCUGGGGAAAAGCUUUAUGUGGACUCAUGCUAUGCCACAAGCUCCAAAGACUCAAACAGCAUGCCCAGACUAGAUAUCAUUACUAACUAUGGCUGCAUGACAGACAGCAGGAGGGAGGGCAGCAGCUCACACUUCCUGUCAGGAGGGGGCAGUGUGCUAAAGUUCUCUGUGGAUGCAUUUCUCUUCAGCGCUGUCUCACAAGUGCUGUACCUCCACUGUUCUGUGUCAGUCGGGCUUGCCACCUCCUACACCUCAAAGUCCUGCAACUACAACAAAGCUGCUGGCAGGUGGGAGGAGCUGGAAGCCCCACCCUCACUGUGCUCCUGCUGUGAUUCCAUGUGCACUGACACGCAGGACUCUGUCAAGCACAUAGUCAGCAGUCCAGGCUGGCUCAUUGGACAAGGGAGUAAAGACAAAGCAAGGAUGACGGCGACAUCUUAUCAAGCAGAGGAGGGAAGAGAAUGGAUGGAUCAAGAAAAUGAGAUGCAAGAAAGUAUGGAUAAACACCAUGAAAAAGUCCAGACUCUUCCGCGGGAGAGAGAUAUUAGCCUUGAGGAGGAAGACGAAUCAGCUAGUCCUGAGAAGACAACUGAGAAAAAAGAAUGGAGGCACAGUGCUGCUGUCACCAAGCAGGGAAGGGGAGAAGAGGAGGAUGCGACAGAGAAGGUAGAUAUGGAAAAGGCAGGCAGCCAGACUAAGGAAUUAGCAACAGAUGGCGUGAUUAUGUCAGACCAGACUGGAGCAGAGGAGGCCUGGGAGGAGGUCCCUCGUACCAAAAAUGCUUCUGUGAGUGACUUGCCCAGUGACAACAGUAGCACUAAUGCUUGGAGAGACGGCUCUGAUACAGCCACUAUUUCUGCAAGAAAUUCCACUUUUGGUAUUGAUUAUUAUAACACAAGUAAUUAUGGUUCUAGUGAAAAUUUUGCUAAAGCUGUUUUUACUGUCUCUAAACUUUGUCAUAAUGGUGAUCAAAUGAAUUGUAGUGCCACCAUAAAUAGUGCUGGGUUUGAUACUGCUAUUGAUGCAGAGAGCUUUACCCCUACUAUUGUAAGCACUACUACUACUAGUUCAAGAGUCCAUGCAAGUCUUCCUGGCAGGAGACAUGAGAAUUCUGGGACACAUUCUGCCAGCACUAACUUUGAAAUGGACUCUGUAGGUUUUCUUGAUGUCAGCAAGUCAAGAAAAAUCAGGCUAAUGUCAGAUAUGUUGGACUCUCUCCGGUGGUCAAACCAGGUCAAGUCUGUCAAUGAAUCAGUCGACACCAAGUCUGAUGGGACACAAGGGCAGGCAGGUGAUUCUGUUACCCAUAAAGUACAACAUGAAGAUGAUGAUUUGCUUCACAGUCUACAGAUCCGAGGGUUAGGGUCACACCAGGUGGAUAAUCCAGCUGGGUUCAGGAUCCCAGUCUUUGUAAACGGGUUACAUGAUGGUUCUGAUUUUGAUUCUGGAUUUGAAGAAGGUGAAGCUUUUCGUCCAAGUCAGUUUACUGGAGCAGUGAAGAUACAAGAGUUUUCUGAUACCAUCCCAACAAAGCACAGUGUCAGUUCUGCUUCUGUGAGCUCACAGGAAAUGCAUCUAGACAGUCCCAGUCACUCUGCGGUGGUUAUCGUUACCUCUCACAUGAAAGGCUCUGAGAGCAACCAGGUUUCUGGCAGCGAGUGGGUUGACGAGGUGCCAGGAUGGGGUCUGCAGAGUUUAGGGUUUGUAGUGGAGCAGCCAACAGAGGAACUGAGAGAGCGAGUGAUGGAUGACUUCUAUUAAGUUCAUAUUCAUAAUCUUGUUCUCAGAGGUGGUUUUCACAAACAAUACUGCUGUGCAGUCUGAUCCAGUCCAACAGCUCACCAUACAAUGAUCUCUUUAAUUACGGUUAUCAAAUGAAAUGGAGUUGACAAUAUAAUAGAAACACCUUUCCUAAUAAUGCAAUUCAGCAUAAUGUCACCAAAAUCACAGCCUCUGUAUUGAAAAAUGGAGUUUAAAACACAUCUGAAUCAGUCUCAACAGAAACAGAAAGAAUAUGCUGAGCUGCUGUAUUGGAUUACAUUGGGUUGUUCACAUGUUUGAUAGUUGAUAUUUUAAUACAGACGAGUGGCAGAAGGAGCUUUACAGGAAAGUGAUGCUGAAGGGCAUGGUGGAGUCUUGACUUGAAUCCUUACACGUAGCAUCAGCAUGACGAAAUGAGGCCAUUCCUGGUUAGUAGUUAGUAUCAUCUGGCUUUUAUCACAAAGAACCUCAGAGAUAUUGAAACCUUUCUGUUAAUCUCAAGGCAUUGUAACACCUGAACUGCUCACAUGGAAUAUGGAGUACUGGUGGAGAAUAACUAAUAUCUGCACAACCUAUUGGCUUUAUACAUGAUGAUAAAUAAUAAACUC